AUGACUGAAGCUUCUUGUGAAGAUGCUUGGAAGAAAGGGGCGGGGUCUGUAAGGGGUCCCUGCUCGGCGCUCCCGUCCGCGGCCGCAGGGGGCGCUCUCUCCCGGUGCGGAGCGGGCUCUGUGCAAUGCCGGCUCUGUGCGGUGCCGGUGCGGAAUCCCUCCCGGCCGCAGGGGGGCGCCCUAUUUUUGUGGGCUCCGUGCGGGCUCUGUGCGGCCUCUGUGCGGAGACCCUGCCCGUCGCUCCCAGCCGCGGCCGCGGGGGGCGCUCUCUCCCGGCGCGGGGCGGGCUCGGUGCGGUGCCGGUGCGGCCCCUCCCGGCCGCGGGGGGCGCUCGUUCCCGGUACGGGGCGGGCUCUCGGCGGUCUGUGUGCGAUGGCGGCGGAGUCGCAGCCCCCGGGAAGCGCGGCCGAGCGGUACCGGCCCAAUCGGUUCGUGUCGCUACCCGCCGAGCUCGACCCCAACACCUACGAGUCCUCGGCCGAGAAGCGGCGCGCCGAGGCGGAGCGCCUGGCCAUCCGCGCCAGGCUCAAGCGCCAGUUCCAGCUACAGCUGCACAACCCGCGCCCGCCCGCCGUCAUCGAAGAUCCUGCCUUGCUCCGCUGGGCCUAUGCCAGGACACAGAAUGUCUACCCUACUUUCCGCCCGACACCGAAGACGUCCUUUCUAGGGGCUGUUUUUGCCAUAGGUCCUCUCCUCUUCUGGGGUGCUGUCUUCAAACUUGACAGGGAUCGCAAAGAGAAACUUAUCAAGGAAGGUAAAUACGAGCGACCAUUCAGUGUAUUCUAAAUUCCUGGAAUUGCAGUGCUGUUCAUGGGAUAUAAAUAAAACAAGAUAUAUUGUGUGUUGCCGUUUCUCCUUCACAAGAAUAAAUCUUAAUUGCUGGUU